AAAAGCCUGAGCAUAUUAAAUUUUAAUCGUAUUUAAUAAAUGUAAAAAAAAUAUAAAAUAUUCAUUGGUAAAUAAACAAAAACUUAAAAGAAACCAAACUUUAAUUCGAACGGCUAUGUGUAAGGCAGGUUCUUGUACAGGAUGGUUCAUGACAUAGAGUUGCCUGAAAAGAAAAAUCUUUGUGAGUAUGCCGGUCCUACAAAAUUCCUGAUAUUUAUUAUUAAGUUUUCGAAGAGUAAUGGCACAUCUAACAACAAACUCUUUCAUUAUGAGUGUUGAAAAUAAAUCCGCCAUAGAUGAAGUUUAUCCUUAUGUGGACGUGCUCAAUAAUACAUCAGGAAAUUCAACGGUAGUUUAUAAAAACUUUUCAAUGGCCAGCUCAUCAGAUUUAAACUCAUUCUAUUUUUAUAAGACUGAACAGUUCACUAUUUUAUGGUUUCUCUUUUCUAUAAUUGUCCUGGGAAACUCGGCUGUUUUAAUAGCACUUUAUAUUAAUAAAAACAGAAAAUCCAGAAUGAACUUUUUCAUUAGACAACUUGCGAUAGCAGAUUUGACCGUUGGAUUAGUAAAUGUGUCAACUGAUAUCGCCUGGAGAAUAACAGUAGCAUGGUAUGCCGGCAACAUCUUGUGUAAAUUUAUUCGUUUUCUUCAAGCAGUUGUGACGUACUCUUCUACGUAUGUCUUGGUGGCGCUCUCAAUUGAUCGGUACGAUGCUAUCACACACCCUAUGAAUUUUAGCGGUAGUUCCAAGCGAGCAAAGUUGUUGGUAGUCCUGGCCUGGUCGGUGAGUGUAAUCUUCUCAGCUCCAACACUCUUCCUUUUUGAGGAAAAACCCGUUGAAGAUAUUCCACAAUGCUGGAUCGACCUCCAAGUAUGGCAAUGGAAGUUAUAUAUGACACUGGUAGCGCUGGUGUUAUUUGUUGUUCCGGCAUUGAUUAUUAGUACGUGUUAUUUAAUUAUUGUUUGGACUAUUUGGUCCAAAAGUAGAAAUCUGAAUCCAAUUGCGGGCCAUGUACCAGUACCACUGGAUGAAGAUCACCGCGGUAGACCACCUCGAUAUCUACGAGAUGACUACGAUUCGCGUAGAGCCAGCUCCAGAGGAAUUAUUCCCAGGGCUAAAAUUAAGACUGUCAAAAUGACAUUCGUCAUUGUUUUCGUUUUUGUUAUGUGUUGGAGUCCCUACAUCAUAUUUGAUUUGCUCCAAGUUUACGGACACAUUCCAAGAACUCAGACAAACAUUGCCGUCGCCACGCUUAUACAAAGUUUAGCACCACUAAACUCAGCAGCAAAUCCUCUGAUUUAUUUACUCUUUUCCACACGUAUAUGCGCAAAUAUAAGGAAACUUCUACCAAGUACAGCUCCAUGGUUAUGCAUAUUCCUGCUCUGCUUGCCUUCCAAUGAACAAAAUCAUUGCCUUACCCAUCACAAUGGAAAUACGCAGACUGUGACCAUGUCGCUCACUCAUUCAUCGAGACGAAUUGCUUCAAGAACAUCGCUUGGAAAUAAUAUUAAUUUACAAACAAAUAUACGUGUUAACAGAAAAACGAAUGUUUCUCUCGUUUAGUCUGAAACAUAAAUUUGUAGACUGCAUUAAAUAAAUCAAGCAAGAACCAAUAAAUUGACAAAUUGACAACCAGAUCACAUACACCAAUGGAGAUAUAUAUAAAACCGGGUUCAUAGCGUCCUACGCCUUACGGUACCCAGUUGCCAGCCUUUCCUAUUUUCCUAAUCCCCUGGAUGAAGAUUCCUCUCCGACAUAGCUUUAUGUAUUCCACAGAUCCAUGUUGCUUUUUGCCUUCCCUUUUUCCUACUUUCUGAUGGUAUCCAUUUCAAAACUUUCUUCGGUAUUCGGUCCUCACUCAUUUUUUCCAUGUCCAUCUCGAGAUUCUCGAGUGCUAAUAGUCUCUAUUCCAUUCUAUUAGCGAGCUGCUAUGUUUCACAUCCAUAUAAAACUAUACUUUUAAAGAUGGAAUUAUAAAUAGUAUGUUUUUUUCAGCUUAAGGCCCAAAGCUUCGUACGCCCAGGUAUAUGUGUU